ACUAGGCGGCUCUGUGGUACGUCACGGCCCUUACCUGUAGUCAUGAGACUAGUCUCGCGUGAUGAGACUUAUGGCGAUGGGACUGUAUGCACUCUAGCAACUGCCCUCUUUUCGGAAGUCUUCUGCUUACUGACAGCGGGGAGCCCUAUAAUCCAAGUCUUUAUUUUGUUUAGUCCUACAUUUGUUCACCUAUAAUGCUUGUAAAUGUUCCAUAAAGGAAUAAUUUAACACCAAGAAAAGCUGUUUAUUGAUAAAGAGAAAGGGGAAUUUGCAGCUCGUCAUGCCUACAGUAUCGGCACUUCCCAGAGAACUGUAUCUCUCUAGCUCUCUAUCAGAUCUUAAGAAGAAAGCUGAAGUAAAGCCUGACAAGACUAGCACUAAAAGCUAUGUUUCCUCUGCUUGUAAAAUAUUUCAAAAAGCAGAAGAGUGCAGACUGGAAGGAGAUGAAGAAAAAGCCUAUGUCUUGUAUAUGAAAUAUUUAUUUGUGUUUGAACUGCUUAAAAAAAGAUCAGAUUUCAAGCAAAACCAGGACUAUUAUAAGUCCUUACUUGGUCCCUCCACUAUCUUAAAGUCUGUUGAAGAAGCUGAAAAACUCACAGAAAGCCUUAAAAAUAGAUAUGAAGAAGCUGAAGUACGGAAAAAAAUAGAGGACAUGGAAAGGCAAGACCUGAAGAAAAAGGAGGGAAAACUAUUUCCCAAAGAGUUUCCUGAAGAUAUACCCAGUCAGCUUAAUAAAAAUGAGACGGUGAAUGGGGGAAAAAGUGAAGUUCUGUCAAAGCAGCCAGAACCUACAAAAGUGCCUCGUGGAGCUAUUACAGCUGAAAAGCUUUUUGAGAUGACAAAUGAUCAUAAUAUCAGUAUAAUUAUAAUGGAUGUUCGGAGUUCAAAAGAUUUUCAGGAGUCUCAUAUUCAAACUUCCAUGAGUGUGCCACAGGAGGCCAUAACCCCAGGAUUCACCUCAGGAAAGAUUGAAAUGAAUCUACCUGAUGCAUCUAAACAAAUGUGGAAUAAAAGAGGUCAAGUUGAUUACAUUAUAUUGCUUGAUUGGUUCAGCUCUGUAAAUGACUUAAAAAUUGGCACAACACUUCAGAGCUUAAAAGAUGCUCUUUUUAAGUGGGAAACAAAAAUAAUCCUUCGGAGUGAACCAUUGGUUUUGGAAGGUGGUUAUGAAAAUUGGCUUCUUUGUUAUCCCAUGUUCACAACAAAUGGGAAAGUGACUGUGCCCAGAAAAAGAAAACAGGAAUCUGUGUCUCUGUCAUUGGACUUCAGUUAUCCAUCUCUAGAAGAACCAACAGCUCCGCCAUCUCUUGCCCAAGUAGAGCUACCCCCUGUAUACAUCAAAGAAAGCAACAAUGGGGAUGUUAUAAAUGCAGUUAAAACACAAGAGGAAUCUGUUGAUGUAAUACUAAAAGAUGACCCUGUACCUGAAGUUCAGACAGAGUCUGUGAAUGUAUGUCACCCACAGAAUACUGUGAAAAUGAUUCCUCAAAUUGAUCGGACAAAGAAACCCUCAGUGAAAGUUACUGAUAGCACCUCAAAAUUUAAGCAUGAAGCCAAAGAAAAACAGCCAAUGCAAAAUGGAAAGCCUAUCCCAGACCGUUCCACAAAACCAUCACUAGACUCCAAAUCAGUUAAAUCUGAUAUCCAUGUUCAGUUUGAUAAAAACAUAAAGGAAAAGAGUGAAGAAAUCAAAGGGAAAUUAGAAUCGAAUGCAGAAGACAAAACUGAUAAUGCCUGUGCACAUGAAGAAAAAGAGAACACAAAGAGGAAUGAUGAGAAAGAAUCUGAACAGAAUGAAUUGCACAAAAAGGAGGAGUUUGAUAAGAAACACCCAAUUGCUGCUGGAAAAGAACCUGCGGAGACAAAAAGGCUGUAUACUGAUAAACCCUCCCCUGAUGAUAAAAAGAAAAAUAUUGAUUCUUCUGUUCCUCCUCAAGGGCCUCCUGCAAAUAGUGAAGAACAUAAAUCUGAUGUGAUCACAAAAGACAGCUGUGAAGAAGACAAACCAAAACGGGAGCCUUUAGUUCGAGCAAGAAGUGAGGAGAUGGGUAGAACGGUUCCGGGAAUGCCAGAAGGUUGGGUGAAGUUCCUUGAUGCUGUAACUGGAACCUACCGAUACUAUCAUUCACCAACACACACAGUUCAUAUGUAUCCUCCUGAAAUGGCUGCUUCCUCCACCCCUUCAACCACUCCAACUCAAAAAGCCAAGGUACAGGUCCACUCUGACAAUGAUAGAGAACAGACCAAGCUUAAACGAUCUUACUCAUCACCUGAUUUAGCACAAGCCAUGAAGGAUGAAGACAAGAAGAAACCAAUGCCUCAUAUUAACCGUGAAAACAAACCAUCGAUACUCAAUACCAAAGCUGAAAUCACAAAGCUACCAGCAUCUAAGAUCCGAAGUCUUAAUCCUGUGUUUGGUGGUGCUGGUCCAGCUCUAACUGGACUCAGAAACCUUGGAAAUACUUGUUAUAUGAAUUCCAUCUUACAGUGUCUUUGCAACACUCCACAUUUAACUGAGUACUUCAAUAAAAAUUUUUACCAAGCAGAUAUCAACAGAUCAAAUCUGUUGGGUCAUAAAGGUGAAGUGGCUGAGGAAUUUGGCUGUAUUAUGAAAGCAUUAUGGACUGGUCAGUACAAAUGUAUCAGUCCAAGGGACUUUAAGAUAACAAUCGGAAAAAUUAAUGAUCAGUUUGCUGGAAACAGCCAUCAAGAUUCCCAGGAGUUGCUGCUGUUUUUAAUGGAUGGGUUGCAUGAAGAUCUCAAUAAGAGAGCGGACAAUAGGAAAAGGCAAAAAGAAGAAAACAAUGACCAUUUAAGUGACUUCCAAGCUGCCGAUUCUGCGUGGUACAAACACAAGCAACUCAAUGAAUCCAUCAUUGUUUCACUUUUCCAAGGCCAAUUUAAAUCAACUGUGCAGUGUCUAACAUGCCAGAAAAAAUCCAGAACCUUUGAGCCCUUCAUGUAUUUAUCACUGCCACUUCCAUCAUCAAGCAAAUGUUCUCUUCAGGAUUGCAUUAAAGCAUUUGCCAAGGAAGAGAAACUCACAGAUAGUAAUCGAUUUCAUUGCAGUAACUGUAAAACUCAGAGAGUUGCUACGAAAAAAAUAGAAAUUUGGAAGCUUCCACCGAUUCUUCUAGUGCACUUAAAACGCUUUUCAUUUGAAGGAAGGUGGAGGCAGAAACUCCAGUCAUAUGUAGAUUUUCCCUUGGAAUGCUUAGACCUUUCACCGUACGUCAUUGGCCCCAAGAGUUCCAAAAAAUACAAUUUAUUUGGUGUAUCGAAUCACUACGGAGGUUUGGAUGGAGGACACUAUACAGCUUAUUGCAAGAAUGCACUGAAACAGCGCUGGUAUAAAUUUGACGACCAUGACGUUUCAGACAUAUCUGUAUCAUCUGUAAAGACUUCAGCUGCUUAUAUGCUCUUUUACACCUCGUUAGAGCUCAGAGGCCUUGAGAUUUCUGCUUAACAAACUCAUUUAUCUUGGAAAGCCGGCACUUGGGGGACCAUGAUCAGUUUAGUUAGACAUGUCUGGCCACAAAAAAGGGAGAUGCAUUCUACAUAGCCAACCAAUCAAUGGUAACAAGUACGAUUUUAAGCUAAAUUGCACAUUUGAAAUAUAACCUUAUCUACUUAAAUCUAUCCAGUAAAUAGAUACAUUUGCCUUGACCGUGCCUGUAUUAAAUAUCUUUAUCUUUCUCAUCUCCAGUAUUGAUCAUUCCUCCCCCAUUUUAAUCUGAGCUCCCCUACUGUGAAAUAGAGCAAAUGUGAGUGGAGUUGGAAUGUAUUAGAAUACAGUGACUGCACAAUUGUACAGUAUUGCAAUGUAUAUAACGAAACAGUGUGUCUGCCUGAUACUUGCCCUUUACAAAAGGGUUUCUACAUUCUGAGCUCAGUCCUCCAAAGCCAUUAGAUAUAUUACUCCAGACAGUCCCUUUAUUGAUGCUUUGGUGAAUCAUUUGAGGAAGCUUAUAUUAUCUAUCUGUAGGCUCAUCCAUUUGGAGAGCUGAAGUUGAUUAUCCCUUCUAAAUUCUGUUGAAAUUGACUUGGCAAAUACAACCGAAGAGGCUUCAUUCCCACAUUUCAGUUCAUUUUGUAAAUUUAUCUUUUGCUAAUAUAUUUGUGCACUUUUUUUUCUCUAGAAAUAAAUUUUAUCAACAAGU